AUGGAGGGUGCCGAGGCGGCCAGCCUGCUGGGGGAGCGCAGCCUGGGGCCGCCGGGCCGGUUCAAGACGUACCGGCGGCGGUGGUUCCUGCUGGCCGUCGUGUGCCUGCUGAACUGCUCCAACGCCAUGCUGUGGCUGACGUUUGCUCCUGUGGCUGAUAAGACAGCUGCUUACUUCCACAUUUCCCUGGAGUCAGUCAACUGGCUCUCAAUGGUGUACCUCCUCAUCUCAAUCCCAUUUGGUCUGGUGGCAACAUGGGUCCUCGACAGUGUGGGGCUCCGCUGUGCUGUGGUCCUGAGUGCAUGGCUGAACAUGGUUGGUAGCAUCACCCGGAUGUUCAGCGUUCUGAAGUUCCUGAGCUGGGGUUCCCAGAGUUACUGGUACCUGUUUAUUGGACAAUGCUUCUGUGCAUUAGCACAGCCUCUUAUCAUUUUUUCACCAACGAAGCUGGCAGCACUAUGGUUCCCAGACCACCAGAGAGCAACAGCAAAUAUGAUUGCAUCAAUGUCCAAUCCCUUGGGCAUUCUUAUAGCAAACUUGUUGUCACCUGCACUAGUUCCUGAAGGAAAGCACAUUCCAUUGAUGCUGGGUAUUUACGCUGUCCCAGCAGUAACAGCCUGUGCUCUAGCAACUCUGGGGAUUCACGAGAAGGUCCCGCCAACACCUCCGUCAGCCAGUGCCACUAACUCCAACUCACAGCCAUUCUUCACAGGGCUCAAAAUGCUCCUGAGAAACAAGCCGUACAUAAUCCUGGCAGUGUGUUUUGGAGGAGGAAUUGGGAUGUUCACCUGUUUUUCAGCUCUGCUAGAACAGAUCCUUUGUGAAAAGGGGUAUUCAAAUGAUUUUGCUGGCCUGAAUGGUGCACUGUUCACAGUCUGUGGUUUGCUGGGUGCUUUCCUGCUAGGCAUGUAUGUUGACCGGACAAGGAAGUUCAUAGAGUCCACCAAGAUUAGUUUCUGUCUGAGUGCACUUGCCAGCAUCAUGUUCGCAGUGAUUUCUCGGUUCAGACAUCAGGCUAUUGUGUUGGCCAUCACAAGUUCGCUCUUCGGUUUCUUUGGUUUUGCCAUCUACCCCAUUGCCAUGGAGCUGGCUGUGGAGUGCUCCUACCCUGUAGGAGAGGGGACAUCUACAGGCUUGAUUUUUGUUGCAAGCCAGAUUGAGGGUGUGAUUUUAAUGAUUCUUCUACAAGCUCUCACUGUCCGUGUCUCUGAGGAUCCAUUCUCCACCUGUGCCCUUGACCAGGAUGGAGCCCUGGACUGGACAACUCCGGUACUGGUGCUGGCUGGCCUCUGCAGUGGUAUGGCUUGCUUCUACGUCAUCUUCUUCCACACUGACUACAAGCGGCUCCAUGCUGAGACAAUCAGUGCUGAUUUGGCCAAGGCAGAAGAUACAGAAACAGAACAUGUUCCUGAAUCCUAAACAGGCCAAAAAGGGGAUGCCAAGGAUCAAGGACUCAGACUA